CUGCAAAAUGACAGUGUAAACCGAGCAUGCAUCGCUUAAGCACGGAGCGAUCGCCGUACUCACUUCGCAAACUUUCCAAGUAGCACCUUUUAAUACUGACUUACAGGGCGACCGGGCUCGAUCACGCCACAGUGUUUCCGGGUCUGCGGCGCCAUUUUGCAGGAAAGUUGGGAAUUUAAGCUGCAUUAGUUAAAAAAGAGGCGGGGAAAGUGAGAGAAGUUUUCUGUUUCAAGUGAAAAAAAUAUUUAGCGCGGGCGAAAAGGAAAGGGGCUGGAAAAUUCCCAUCCAACACGCUUUGGAUGCACAGAUUUAAUAUUGCAUAUCCCAGGCAAUGAGGAAAUUGUAUGCAUGUUUUUUUUCCUUCUUUAACUUAAUUUGCGGUAAUUGGGGUGGCUGCAUAAAUAAAGGCAAACUUGGGGAAGACACUGAGUAGAGGAUUGUAGGCGUGCUUCGUUCCCAGGAAGUGCACGCAGGUAGAUUAGCUGAGUUUGACAGCCAGUGUGUGUGACAGCGGGGAUCUGAUGCCAGCUUCAGCCUCCUAUCGGAUACAAAGUCAGACCCUGUCUAGCCGGUUCUGAAGACGAUCGAGACGGCAGUCUUGGGUCUGAUCACCGCAUCGGAGAGUCCUAGGGAUCCUUUUUCCCAGUAACGGUGUACUUACAGCAAAGAUAGGGAGAGAUUUACGGGGUUCAUGGUGGUCUACAGCUCCAGCCGGAGGCUGUGACCUGAAACCUUGCUGAACUAAAGCGCUGCUUGAUUUUUUUUUGACAUUUGGAACCUGAAGAUGCCGGUUAGGAAGAAGGACACCCAGCGCGCGCUGCUGCUCCUGGAGGAGUACCGCGCGAAGUUGAGCCGCACCACGGACCAGCAGCUCCGCCAGUCCAUCGAGAGGGUCAUCGGCGUUUUUCAGAGCAACCUCUUCCAGGCUCUCCUCGACAUCCAUGAAUUCUACGAGGUGACAUUACUGGACAGCCAGAAGGUCGCAGGGUCCAGUAAAACCAGUGCCCUCUCAGCCCCAGGCAACCUGUGGGACUUUUCCAGCCUUUCCAGCACCACUGGGACCUCAGAGACACUGCCCAGCAGUCUGAGCCCUAGCUUGGAGAAAUACAGAUACCAAGAUGAGGACACGACGGCCCCCCAGGACCACGGCUCACCGCGCCUCGCUGGCGACCUCCAGAGGCCGGAGCUGGCACAGGCGUCCGAGAAGACCCCCCAGCAGCCAGAGGGCGCUCACAUCUUCGUACCCCACUCUCACGUCUCGCCCAUGAAGGUUGAGUCCCUGGAAUGUGUCUAUGACGGAACGUCGGCUCUGAGAGCAGAGGAGAUCACCACCCCUACCUUUUCUGCCUUGUACCCUCAAAGUGACACUCUCCUGCAGCACACAGAUGCUGUCCCAUCCUCUGCUCCCAUAAUCCCUGUGAUCCCCGUCUCUCCAGUCCUAGCCGAGACCACAGUCACCACCACUCCCGCAACACAGGUUAAUCCACCCCCCGUUGUGGUGAGCACAGACAUUUUGGACACUCCGCCAUACGUUAACGGGACCGAGGCGGACUUUGAAUAUGAAGAGAUCACGCUUGAGCGGGGCAAUUCAGGCCUGGGCUUCAGCAUCGCGGGAGGCACGGAUAACCCCCACAUCGGCGAUGAUCCUAGCAUCUUCAUCACCAAAAUCAUCCCCGGCGGUGCAGCCGCUCAGGAUGGCCGUCUCCGAGUGAAUGACUGCAUCCUGAGAGUGAAUGAUGCAGACGUGCGGGACGUCACUCACAGCAAAGCGGUGGAGGCCCUGAAGGAAGCCGGCUGCAUCGUCAGGCUUUACGUCCGCAGGAGGAAACCGGUCACCGAGAAAAUAGUGGAAAUCAAGCUGGUUAAAGGCCCUAAAGGCCUUGGAUUCAGCAUAGCGGGCGGUGUAGGGAAUCAGCACAUUCCAGGAGACAACAGCAUCUAUGUCACUAAGAUCAUUGAAGGCGGUGCCGCACACAAGGACGGCAAGCUGCAGAUAGGGGACAAGCUGCUGGCUGUAAACAGCUCCUGCCUUGAGGAGGUGAGCCAUGAGGAAGCUGUGGCCGCCUUGAAGAACACCCCCGAUGUUGUGUACCUGAAGGUGGCAAAACCCACCAGUGUCUUCAUGAGCGACAGCUUCAUCCCGCCUGACGUCACCAACUGUGAGUUCCCUUUGCCUGCUUCUCCCAGGCCACUGCCAGCGCUGUACCCUCCUGGCUGUAGACAUCGCCACUUUGGCCAUCUGUCGCCACAGCACCCAAUGGAGCCUCCUUCAUCAUUGUUCGGAUUUAGUUACCGCAGUGACUGUUACAUUAUUUACACACUGACCCGUGAAAGCCGCUAUGAUCGGCCUGAGCGUGACAAUGCUAUAAAAACAGAGCGUAUGCAACCAGAUGUUUCAGUGAGUUUUCUCGUAGUUGAAAACGGGCAGAUGGAUGACCUGGACAUCAGUCGUAGAUUUACUGUUAUUUCAUACAUUAAAAUGAAAGUGUUUGCUGUAGUCGCAGGUUCUGAAGUGAACGUGCUGCUUUGGGCCUGCAGGGAGCCUCGGAAGGUGGUGCUGCUGCGAGGCUCCACUGGGCUGGGAUUCAACAUCGUAGGUGGCGAGGAUGGAGAGGGCAUCUUCAUCUCCUUCAUCCUGGCUGGGGGUCCGGCGGACCUGAGCGGGGAGCUGAGGAAAGGAGAUCGCAUCGUCUCUGUGAACGGGGUGGACCUGCGGGGGGCCACUCAUGAGCAGGCGGCAGCAGCACUGAAGAACGCUGGGCAGACCGUGACCAUCGUGACACAGUACCGACCCGAGGAGUACAGUCGAUUCGAAGCGAAAAUCCAUGACUUGAGGGAACAGAUGAUGAACAGCAGCAUCAGUUCAGGGUCCGGCUCGCUGCGGACUAGCCUGAAGAGGUCAGUCUACGUCAGAGCCUUGUUUGACUACGACAGGACGAAAGAUUCCGGUCUUCCAAGUCAGGGCCUCAACUUCAGAUUCGGGGACAUCCUCCAUGUGGUGAACGCCUCCGAUGACGAGUGGUGGCAGGCACGGCAGGUGACCCCCGACGGGGAGGUGGAGGACGUCGGUGUCAUUCCUAGUAAGCGGAGAAUGGAGAAGAAGGAGAGGGCCAGGUUAAAGACGGUGAAGUUCAACUCCAAGUCUCGGGACAAAUGGCAGUCAGUCAAUGAAAAGCGUAAAAAGAACCUCUUUUCCCGAAAGUUCCCUUUCUACAAGAACAAGGACCCGAGCGAGCAGGAAACCAGUGACCUUGACCAGCAUGUAACCUCUAAUGCCAGUGAUAGUGAAAGUAGUUACCGUGGAGUGGAAGAGUACGUCCUGACGUAUGAGGCGGUCUGUCAGCGAGAAGUGAACUACACUCGUCCAGUGAUAGUCCUGGGACCUAUGAAAGACAGAAUCAACGACGACUUGAUCUCGGAGUUUCCUGACAAAUUCGGGUCCUGUGUGCCUCACACCACCAGGCCGAAGCGUGACUACGAGGUGGACGGCAGGGACUAUCAUUUUGUCACGUCACGAGAGCAGAUGGAGAAGGACAUUCAGGACCACAAGUUUAUCGAGGCUGGCCAGUACAACAACCACCUGUACGGCACCAGCAUUCAGUCGGUGAGGGAGGUGGCAGUGAAGGUGAGUCUCCCCCAGCUCAUCAUGCCGUUUGCAGUUCCUGACCUGACCCUGCCCUUCCUUAUACGAGGCUUUGAUGGAGAGAGCACAGAAAAUGGAUCAUCACCUUCUUAGUACAGUGCUGUUUGUAAACACUGAGUAUGUCCAGUGGUGCAAAGUAACAAAGUACAAUUACUUCGUUAUUGUACUUAAGUACAUUUUUCACAUAUCUGUACUUUACUUAAGUAAACUUAGCCGUGGACAGUUUUGACUUUUACUUUACUACAUUUUACAGCGAAUAUUUAUACUUUCUACUCCACUGCGUUUCCCCGGAGCAUUGCGUUGCAUUUUGCAGUGACGGCUUUUUGAAAUCAGAUGCCAACAGGGAAAGGUAGUAAAUGGACAGGUAAUACCGAGAUUUCAAAGCUUUUCUUGUCAAAGUAAAGCCCCGUGACUUGAAGCAGGGAGUAGGCGUCAGAGGUUUAGAGUCCUGUCGGCUCUUAGAAACU